UCACAAACCAAAAGUCUUCUUCUUCUUCUUCUUCUUCUUCUUCUUCAACAGUAUUAACUCUAGAAUCCGAGAAGCAGGAGGAGGAAGGAAAAAAAAAAAAAAAGAGGAGUAUAGAAAGAUAAUGAGAUUAAAAAAAUGGUUGGUCUAAGCGUUGUUUUGGAGACAGGCAAGAAUCUGACGAGAGAUUCCGGCGGAGUUAUCAGCCCAAAACCGCCGCAAGUCCUCAGCAAAACGGCCGUGAUGAUCACCGCCGCCGCGGUUAUCACCGGAUUCCGCCGUGGGAGUUCUCAUCCAGAUCCUGAUUUUCUCGAGCAUUGCUCCCUGUGCAAGAAGAAACUCCUCUCUGGAAAAGACAUCUACAUGUAUAAAGGAUGCAAGUUUUGUACGGAGGAGUGCAGGUCCACGAAGAUUUUCAUGGACGAAGAAGAGCGUUUAAGAAGAAAGAAAUGUUCGCUGGACGCCAUCAAAACGCUGCCGUCUGCUCCGCCGCCGUCUUCCAUAUCCUCUCCGGCGUCUGUGUCCGGCGUUUAUUCCAGGCGCCGCCGUGGAUCGAGAAACCGAUCAGGCGGUUUCGCGUACUGAGAAGGACAAAGCAUUGCGAGUUUAAUAGUGAUUUGACUAGGUUACCCUUUGGCAGUUUGCCGUUUUGUCGUUUUGUAUCUUUUAACAUGUGAAAGCCAAAAGGGUGUUUUGGACAUUUCGGAGCCGGCAAAUCUAUGGGAGCCCCUAGUUUUAUUA